CUGGUUUCUGAACAGAAUAUUUCUGUAGGAGAUGCCACGUUCUAUAUUAAAAAACCUGGUAAAAAUGAAAUAAAACAUAUAAAUAAGACUGGAUCUAUGUCUUUAACAUUCCGAAGUGUUACUAAUUUUAUUCGUGAGAUAUUUCUACCGGUUGGUUAUCCUGAAAGCGUUAGUGAAGACUACUGGAACUAUCAAGUAUGGGAUACAGCACAGGCAUUCUGCAGUACUAUUAUUGGAGCUUUUACUACUAGAUCUAUCCUGAAAGGUGUUGGGGUAGGAAAUCAAGAAGCCAACGCCUUAUCAGCAGCAGUGACAUGGAUUCUGAAAGAUGGAAUGGGUAUGAUAGGAAGAAUCGUUUUUGCUUGGUGGAAAGGGUAACUACAUAUUAAUAUUUA